AAACCGUAACAUAUAUAUAAUAACUAAACGCGCAACAUAUAAGAGUCCUCAGUUGGAUUUCCUCACUCGUUUUGGCUUUCCUAUUUCUGAGAGAAGUGAAUAAGAGAAGUUGAAUCCAAGAAAAGCGAACCAUCGAACUAGAGAAGUGAGAUGAGAGAGGUGUUGGUUCUUGAUAAUGGUGUCUUCUUCUGUUUCUUCAUGGUUAUGGGGUUUCUAUGUAUCGGUUCUCAUGGCCAAAGGAUUCCAUUAUUCCCCGCAAGAAGAAAUGUCUCUGCUUUGUACGUACUUGGGGAUUCUUCGGUCGAUUGUGGAACCAACACUCUUUUCUAUUCUCGCCUUCAUCGAAAUCUCUCCCUAAUUCCUUGCAAUGGCGCUGAUGGCAAUCUUCUUCCUCAUCUUCUUGCUGAGAAGAUGGGCUUGCCAUAUGCAUUGUCAUUCUACACUCAAAAUGGUUCAAUUGGAGACCUAAUGACAGGACUCAAUUUUGGCUCUGCACAAGCCACAAUAAUGAACCCCAGCAGCCAAGGCUACCAAUCUCUUAACCAACAGCUUCGCCAAGUUUUCGAGAUGAUGGAGCUCUUGCAGCUUCAGCUCAGCCCGAACAUGGCGCUUCGGUUUGUUAGAUCCUCCGUUUAUUACCUUUCAUUUGGGAAAGAUGACUACAUUAACUUCUACCUGAGUAGUAAUAGUAACAGUGGUUCCUCUGUUGGAGCACCAAAGUACAGUAACCAUGAAUUUGCUCACAUUUUGGUAUCUGAAAUGAUCAAUGUUGUGAGGAGUCUUCAUGAUAUGAAAAUCAGGAAGAUCAUAUGCCAGGGGAUAUUGCCUUUGGGUUGCACUCCUAGAAUGGCGUUUGAAUCAUUUGACUUUGAAGCUAGUCAACACAGGAGAAGAGGAUGUUGGGAAAAGGUUAAUAGAAUGGUUCUUGAGUUCAAUAUAAUGUUGGAGGAGAAAAUUAUAGAGCUUAAUGAAGAAAUGCCUGAUGCCCAUAUACUCUUCUUUGAUGUUUAUCAAGGGAUCAAAGAGAUCAUAGCUAAACCAGAGCGCUAUGGAUUUGAUGAUGUGAAGAGUGCUUGUUGUGGACUGGGGUUGUACGGUGCAUCAAUUGGGUGUCUAUCUUUGGAGAUGGCUUGCAACAACACUAGAAGCCAUGUGUGGUGGGACCUAUACAACCCCACCAAAGCAGUCAACUCCUUGUUGGCUGAUUCUGCUUGGUCUGGCCACCCCUUUUCUGGCCUCUCCCGCCCAAUGAAUAUCCAAGAUUUGCUCCUCUGACAAACUAGUAUACUUACAUCUUACUUAAAUACAUACAUAUACAUACAACAACUUCAUUUUUGGAAUUUCUGACCAUAAACAUUAGUUAAAUGAUUCAUAGACCUCAAAAGUAGUUUCAUAGAGGAAUCAAAUAUGAAAUUGUUUGGAUCUA